AUGCGUCCCCUCACCCUCUCCACAGCCGUAAUUGCAGUCGGAGCCGUUGCCCAGAAGUCCGACAAGACCUGUUACGAUGGAUUGUAUAUGAUUGCCGCGAGAGGUACCGGCGAGGAUCAAGGACCUGGUGUUAUUGGUAAAAUUGCUGAUGCCGUUGCUGAACGCAUCAACGGCUCGCAUGUCACUGGGCUCACCUAUCCCGCGACUCUUCAAGAGCCCGCUUACGAGGAUUCUGAAUCUGAGGGUGUUGAGAAUUUGCAGAAGGAUAUCAAGAACUACUUCGACAAGUGUCCGGAUAGCAAGGUCGCCGUCUUUGGCUACUCUCAGGGCGGUCAAGUCGCCACUGAUGUCUUUUGCGGCGGAAGUGGUGGUGAUUUCCCCACCAAUAAACCCCUUUCAGUAGACGAAGUCAAGAAGAACGUUGUUGCCGUGAUUACCUUUGGUGACCCAAGCCACGUGGCAAACGUCUCGUACGACGCAGGAAACAGCAUUAACGAUGGUAUUUUCCAGCGUAACGACACUAAGCUGUGCGAGGACAAUUACAGCGACAUCCUCCACGCCUACUGUGACACAGGCGAUGUGUACUGCGACCGGGGUAACGACACGGAAGUUCAUGGGAGCUAUUUCGAGAAGUACGGCAAGGACGUUGUUGAUCUUGUUGUGGAGAGAUAUGAGAGCGCUAUGAGCGAAAGCACGGCGACCCCUACCUCUGAGGCGACUUCUUCGGCGACAUCUGGCACCUCCGAGGUAACUAGUACCGAUGCCCCAGGAAAUGGCGCGGCCGGAUUGGUACCUGGUCUUGCUUUGGCUAUGAUGCCCUUGGUAUUGGCUGUGUCACAGCUUCUAUAA